CCGCUCCACUAUUCCCUCCAAGUAUACUUUAAUUUACUACCAAUACCAUAAGACAUGAAAGUCUAAAGACAACAAACAUCCACCAACAUAGGUUUGAAACUCCAACAUGGGAAACUGCUUCGUUGGGGCCAUGGCAGAUUCUGAUACAACAAUCAAAGUAAUAACAUCAAAUGGUGGAAUCAUGGAAUUCAGUGCACCAAUAACAGUAAGUUUCAUCACCAAAGAGUUCCCUGGACAUGCCAUAUUCAGAAGCCAUGAUCUCUUUUGGAAACCACUAAGCCAAUUCGAUGAGUUAGAGGCAGGACAAUCAUACUAUUUGCUUCCAAUCAACAACAACAAAAUAGAAGCUACAUGUGGUAGUGAUUAUGAACAUGUUGUAAGACAAGGACAUGUUAGGUCUCAUAGUGUUCCAACAACCUCGUACCCUGCUCCAUAUAGAAUGUCCUUAGAUUACCAACACCACCAAGGAAUGAGGUUUCUCAAGAAGUCUUCUAUAGAAUCUUUGUCUAGUAGCAGCAGGUUUUGGAAAGUGAAGUUGGUGAUUAGUCCAGAACAGUUGAUGGAAAUUUUGGCACAAGAGGCUAGAACAAAAGAGUUGAUAGAGAGUGUAAGGAUUGUAGCAAAAUGUGGUGACAUUUCAUCUGCAGCUGAAGACAUUGCUUCUGAUCAGUGGAGCCUUUCCAACACAAGUUGGAGCAUUUCAUCUAAAUCAAAAUAAACAAGUAAUUUGUUGAAACAUUAGUGACUUUUUUCUGUCUCUUUUCUUUUUUUGGUUAAUUACUUUGCUUCAAUACUUUUUUAUAUGUAUGCAAUUAUGUAUGUAUCAUAUAAUGUUUCUUCUUUAAAAUUCAAUGUAGAUCUUUUUCAUAUAACAUUGUAGAAUUUCUGUGUA